AUGAUCCAGCAGCGGGGAUGGUUCAGAACGUACAACCUUGCCAACAUACCCAUCCACCUGGGGGACAAUCGGGUCAUACAAGCGGUUGGGUAUGGAGAUGUACCUUUACUAUGCAAGGUAGAUGGAGGCGUACGGGUAGUGGUUUUCCAAAACUGCCUCCACGUCCCUAACAUCGCUCUGAACCUCAUAUCGGUACCCACCCUGACGAAAGCCGGCAUCGACGUAGCCAUUCGCAGCAAAACCAUGAUGGUCGAGAUCACGAGAAACGAGAAGCUCAUCGGAACC